AUGCCUUUAUACUGUCUCUCCACGAAAGAAAAUGAUACACCGAUCUCUACAACACUCUCCAACGGGCAAGUCGACACUCCAUUUCGACUCGGGCUUCGGUUCCGCCCUCACGAUGGGACUACAAGAGCCCAAGAUAGAGACUUCAUAAAGCUCACGAAUGCGCCAGCGAAGGUCCCAAUGCAUCAGCGCGACCUUCCAUGCGUCCGCAAGGCCGCGCGCCUGGGAGAGAGCAUCAUUGCUGCCUUCAAGGAGGUGGAGCAGACAAUGCCAUUUGGCCUUGCAGUAAAGCUCAAGGAGACUGUCAUACAGACGUUGGGAAUCACGUCGACCAUGGGGUGUAUCAGCAAGGCCAAAGUGAGCACCCUGAUGCCAUACCAGAGAUUGGCCGGAAAACAUGGCAUCAAAAAGCAGCUUGGCUAUCCAGACUGGUUCUUCAUGGCUGCUUGGCUCGGCCCAGGCCACCCGUUUCUCGAAUCUAUUCGUAAAGACAUAUCAGAUGUCUGGGGCGUAGAGUUCCCAACCGACGCCAUCAUUUAUCCCGCGAUCCUCAACCGCGAAACCGAAGAGAGGCUUUUCAACGGAGAAAUUGCCCCUGCAACCAACGAAGAAUCCCUUGAGGAGCGUGCAAAAGCCAUCAUGAAAACAAUCAACGAGUCAUCUGUCAAUGGUCUCAGUGCUGCCAUCAAAGAUCAUCUCCCAGAUGCCUUUAAGGAUUUCGGGGACAGUAGCAGAAUGCACACGUUAGAGACCAGCCUUGCCUCGACAAACCGCGAUCUCGAACACGCAAGAAAGCAAGUCAACAGUCUCGAGAAAGAACUCGCCGAGUCCAAGGCACUCCAAGCGAAGACCGAAAACGACAUGGAAACUCUCCGAAAUGAAGUUCAACAGCUCAAAUCCGCACAAGGUUCAACCGACAACGUCAAGAAGGACCUCGGAGUACUCCGGGCGACAGUCACGGGUAUGGAAGCCAAGGUCCUCAAGGGGGAGAGGGACAUGAUUACCUUGCGCAAUGAUGUAGUCCACUCAGCAGAGAAGGCAGAAAAGGCGCUGGAGACUGGGGCUUUAGUCCUGAGCGUCCUGUCAACUUCUGGAGGCCAGAAGCGAAAGAUGGAUGCGAUUUCCUGA